GGGAAGAGGCUCUCAAGCAGCGUUAGAUGAUUAUGGAUUUUCUGAGUGAGAAGUUUGCCCUGAAGAGCCAGCCGAGCAAGAACAGUGACUUUUACAUGGGAGCAGGAGGCACUUUGGAGCACGUUAUGGAAACUUUGGACAAUGAGUCCUUUUAUAGCAAAACAUCAGGCAGCAAAUGUGUGCAGGCCUUCAACCCUCUGCAAAGGGCUGAGCAUCAUGUGAGGCUGGAGAGGACAUCACCCUGCCAGGACAACAACGUGAACUAUGGGAUUACUAAAGUGGAAGGACAGCCUCUUCACACAGAGCUGAACAGGCCCAUGGACAAUUGCAACAAUCUCAGGAUGUCCCCCGUGAAAGGGAUGCAGGAGAAGGGGGAACUGGAUGAACUUGGUGACAAAUGUGACAGCAAUGUCUCCAGCAGUAAGAAGAGGAGACACAGAACAACUUUCACCAGUUUGCAGCUGGAGGAACUGGAGAAAGUAUUCCAGAAAACUCACUACCCUGAUGUCUAUGUAAGAGAACAGCUAGCUCUGAGAACAGAGCUCACUGAGGCCAGAGUCCAGGUUUGGUUCCAGAAUCGAAGAGCAAAAUGGAGGAAAAGAGAACGUUAUGGUCAGAUCCAGCAAGCUAAAAGCCAUUUUGCUGCCACCUAUGAUAUAUCUGUUCUUCCAAGGACUGACAGCUACCCGCAGAUUCAGAACAAUCUGUGGGCAGGGAAUGCGGCUAGCGGUUCUGUGGUUACUUCCUGCAUGCUACCACGAGACACAUCCUCCUGUAUGACACCUUACUCCCAUUCACCCCGGACAGAUUCUGGCUACACAGGCUUUUCAAAUCACCAGAAUCAGUACAGCCACAUGCCCCUGAAUAAUUUUUUCACUGACUCUUUACUUUCUGGGGCGACCAAUGGACACGCUUUUGAAACCAAGCCGGAGUUUGAAAGAAGGUCCUCCAGCAUUGCAGUUCUACGGAUGAAAGCCAAAGAGCAUGCUGCCAAUAUUUCCUGGGCCAUGUAA